AAGUUAUUUGUUGCUCUGCCUCCGUUAAGCUGCUGCCUAAACCCUAUUUUCUCAUUUAGCUCGCCAGUCAAGCUCAAGCUGCGUAGUUGCGAUCGAUCGUUGCCCCUUCUCCACUCCGGCUUCGUAGCGUUCCAGUACAGUCUGCUUCGUCACAAUGCAGGCCCCCGUGCUGGUUCUCAAUGAGUCCACAAAGAGGGAGACGGGAGGUCGGGUUCAUCGCGCCAAUAUUCAAGCCUCGAAGGCCGUUGCAGAUAUCAUUCGAACAACCCUGGGACCUAGGUCUAUGUUAAAGAUGCUCCUCGAUGCUAGUGGAGGAAUCGUACUCACUAAUGAUGGAAAUGCAAUUUUAAGAGAGCUUGAUGUGUCGCAUCCUGCUGCUAAGUCCAUGAUAGAACUCAGUCGUACGCAAGAUGAAGAGGUUGGUGAUGGAACUACGUCAGUGAUUAUUUUAGCUGGUGAGAUGCUCUACGUCGCUGAACAGUUUCUUGAUAGGCAGUUCCACCCCACUGUCAUAUGCCGAGCUUAUACUAAGGCUCUGGAGGAUGCUGUUGCUGCUUUGAAAGAUAUUGCAUUCGACAUUGAUGUCACCGACCGUUCGAUGAUGCUGAAUAUUGUGAGGAGUUGUAUUGGAACAAAGUUCACUAGUCGUUUCGGAACUCUCAUUGCCGACUUGGCAAUUGAUUCAGUGAGCACUAUAUCCAUUGACUUGGGGAAUGGUCUCCGAGAGGUUGACAUCAAGAAAUACAUCAAGGUCGAAAAGAUCCCUGGAGGACAGUUGGAGGACUCACAAGUGCUCAAGGGAGUCAUGUUUAACAAAGAUGUGGUCUCGCCAGGAAAAAUGCGACGGAAGAUUCUAAACCCUCGUAUCAUACUUUUGGAUUCUCCACUGGAAUACAAGAAAGGAGAAAAUCAGACCAAUGCAGAGAUUAUGAAAGAAGAGGACUGGGCUACUUUACUGCGAAUGGAAGAAGAGUAUAUUGAGCAGCUGUGUAUUCAAAUAAUCAAGUUUAAGCCUGAUUUGGUUAUUACUGAGAAAGGAUUGAGUGAUCUGGCUUCACAUUAUCUCAGCAAGGCAGGCAUCAGCGCAAUUCGUAGGUUAAGGAAGACUGACAACAACCGUAUUGCCCGUGCUUGUGGAGCCACUAUUGUAAAUCGGCCAGAGGAGCUACAUGAGAGUGACGUCGGUACUCGUUGUGGCCUUUUCGAGGUUAAAAAGAUUGGAGAUGAAUACUUCUCUUUCAUUGUUGAUUGCAAGGAACCAAAGGCUUGUACAGUAUUGCUAAGAGGGCCGAGCAAGGAUCUUCUGAAUGAGGUGGAGCGCAACUUAGCGGAUGCCAUGGGGGUAGCUCGCAAUGUUCUUAAGGACGCGAAAUUAGUCCCCGGUGGAGGAGCCUCAGAAAUGGCUGUUUCUUCUAUAUUGAAGAAAAAGAGCAUGUCAAUUGAAGGUGUCGAGCAGUGGCCUUACAGGGCAGUGGUACAAGCUCUUGAAGUUAUUCCUCGAACUCUAGCUCAAAAUUGCGGUGUCAAUGUGAUCCGUACCAUGACCGCCCUUCAAGCUAAGCAUGCUAAUGGCGAAAAUCCUAUGGUCGGCAUCGAUGGCAACACUGGAGAAAUCACCGACAUGAAAGAGCUUGGAGUUUGGGACUCGUACGGAGUGAAGCUACAGACUUUCAAAACAGCAAUCGAAGCUGCCUGCAUGAUUUUGAGAAUUGAUGACAUUGUCAGUGGUAUCAAGAAGAAGCAAGCUCCUGGAUCCGGACCCAAGCAGCCGGUAACAUCAACUGGAGAAGAUGUUGACAGUGAGCAAAUGAUUCCGGAGUAGGUAGAUAUGGUUGCAUCUAAAAGUACACUAGAGGUUUCUGUUAUGCCAUUAGAUUGAUUUACAUGGAUCAGCAACACCAAGAAUUAACUGUUGGCUCAUCCAAAUCAGUAUGUUAGGGGCUGCUAUCUCUCACGUCAAUGCUGGUUACAAGAGGGCUAGUUUUCAAGGAUGGAACUUCCACCACCCCUUUUUUGCUUAGAGUGCUCUGUACAUUCUUUUUAGAGACCUUCAUAUGGAGCAAGGAAAGCGGUGGAUGAUAAACGUUAAAGGCGGUAUGCAGGGCUUCCUUUUCAUCAGCCAUAGCAGGAAUUUAAAUUUUUUGUCAGGGAGCUGGCUCGAAUUUUCAGAGUACUGUAUUUAAUGUGUGGAAGGGGACUUUUUCGAAUUCAUCUGAUGCCAAAGAGAUAACUUGUUUUGCCCAGGUUAA